AUCAGUGGCUGUGAUCGUGUCCGCGCGGUUUCCUUUUUCACGUGUCACCGCAUAUUUUAGUAAUUUCAAGUCAUAAUGGGUAAAGGUAGAAAAUAUAAGCCGAAGAAGAAUUUUGCUGAAAAACGCCGCGAUAAACAAAAGAAUAAAGAUGAAUGGGAUAAAAGGCCGCAGAGAUGCUAUGAGGAAAUAGUCAGGGAGAAUGUUGAUUUUGAAAAUUAUUACAAAACGCAAAAUAUUGUUCCUAGUGAAGAAUGGCACAUUUUUAUGGACAAGAUGAGGGAGAACCUGCCGGUUGCCUUUCGGAUAACUGGUUCCAAGGCAGAAACAAGGGCACUGCUCGACAUAAUUAAAGGGGAUUUUUUCAAUGAGAUCAUCAAUACGAAACGAGAAAAUGACGAGGAAGAAGUUACAGAAAAAGAAAAACUUUAUCCGAAAUGCCUUCCCUUUUAUCCAGAUUCUUUAGCUUGGCAGCUUCAGUUGACUCGUAAGGACAUCCGAAGGUCUGAGGCUUACUCUAGGUUACAUAAUUUUUUGAUUGCUGAAACAGCUAGCGGUAACAUAAGUCGCCAAGAAGUAGUGAGCAUGAUUCCUCCCCUCGUUUUGGAAGUCAAACCUCAACAUAAGGUUCUCGACAUGUGUGCUGCACCAGGUUCAAAGACAGCUCAGUUAAUCGAAAUGAUACAUUCUGAUGAGAGUAACCCACAUCCUGAGGGGUUUGUAAUCGCCAACGACGUGGACAAUAAUAGAUGCUACAUGUUGGUGCAUCAGGCUAAGAGAUUGAACAGUCCAAAUAUUCUGAUUACAAAUCACGACUCAUCAGUAAUGCCCAACUUCAAUGUUGCCAAACCAGAUGGCACGACAGAAAAGUUAAAGUUUGAUAGAAUUCUUGCUGAUGUACCGUGUAGCGGGGAUGGAACAAUGAGAAAAAAUCCAGAUAUUUGGUGCAAGUGGAGUCCUGCGAAUGGAAACAAUCUUCAUGGAAUUCAAUACAGAAUAGCCCAGAGAGGAUUGGAGCUCUUGGCAGUUGGUGGAAGAAUGGUUUAUUCCACAUGUUCUCUUAAUCCGAUAGAAAAUGAAGCUGUUAUUCAUAGAAUUCUUACCGAAGUUGGUGAUUCUGUUCGAUUAGUUGAUGGAAGAAAUUUAGUCCCUGGUCUAAGAUGCAAUCCAGGUGUAAGCCACUGGACUCCUGCAUCAAAGAACAUGCAGUAUUACAAAACGUGGGAAGAAGUUCCUGAGCAAUGGCAAACUCAAAUCCGACCUCAUAUGUUUCCUCCAAAGACAGCGGAUGUAGAUAAGUUUCACCUUGAAAGGAGUAUGAGGAUAUUACCGCAUCAUCAAGAUACCGGUGGGUUUUUUGUGGCAGUAUUAGAAAAGGUCAAACCACUUCCAUGGGAGAAUAAAGAGGAAAAAAUGGAAGUAGAGACUGACAAGCUAGCAACCAAUGAUGCUAAUAGCGAAUUGAGCUUGGAAGAAGAAGCAGUGAAAGAGGAAGCAAACCUUAAAGCUACUGAUGGCAAAAGGCCGUUGGAAGCAGAAAAAAAACCCUGGGGUCCUCAAAGAAAGAGGAAAAGGAUGAUUGGAUAUCGUGAGGAUCCUUUUGUAUUUUUCAAAACCGAUAAGGAGGAUGUCUGGCCGUCAAUCAAAGAGUUUUACGAUAUAUCAGACAAGUUGGACCCAACCUGCUUGCUGGUGAGGUGUCACGAGGGAAAGAAAAAGAACAUAUACUUUACCUCACCAGCUAUACGCGACAUUGUAAAAUUGAACGAAGCUAAAGUGAAGAUGAUCAAUACAGGAGUCAAAACCUUUGUUCGUUGUGACAACAAAAACAUGAAAUGUGCUUUUAGACUCGCUCAAGAAGGAUUAAACAGUCUCUUUGACUAUGUCGGCGAAUGCCGAAAGGUUCGGAUCUCAAAGGACGAUCUAGUGAUGCUUUUACAAAAUGACAACCCAAAUACUCCACCUGAGAUAUCAAAAUUGAGUCCAGAUACACAAAGUCGAGUCAAAGAUUUUGCAACCGGAAGCUGUGUACUGAUUUAUAAAGAGGAAUUAAUUGAAGAAGACAACAACUUGAAUCCUUUGGUCCUGGAGAUGGUUGGAUGGCGAGGUACUAUGUCAUUGAGAGCCUAUGUACCCACUCAUGAUGCAAUCCAUUACCUUCGACUUUUAGGAGCAGAUUGCUCUAAAUUUGAAAAAAACAAGUUCAAAGAGAAUCAGAAUGCAGAGACAUCUAAUGCAGAACUCAAAAAUGGGGAAACUAUAGAAAAGGAUGAUAUGACUGCAAAUGGAAAAGAACUGGAGGAUAAUAAGGAUGAGGAAGAGUCGAGCAACAAAACAUCUUAACGAACGAUCUUGUGUAUACAUAAUCUUUUAUCUAUGAGACGCUGAUUGGGAAAAAGCCUAUUAUUCCAGGUUUCAAUAUUAAUUAAUUUUGACGGUUUUUUAUGAACCUGACAGUCAAUAUCGUUUCUUUCUAAAUAUUCUAAACGUUUAAUUUUUUUUUAAUUAAAUGAACGCAGGAUAGUAUAGGAUAAUAAAGAAUAAGGCGGAGAAACUUCUACAAUGUUCGGAAUUUCAUAUAUGGGGUGUUUUUUAGAAAUAAUAAACUACGUGACGAUCGCUGAUAAUGACAAUGGUUUUUUCCUUAUUCACUUUCUAUGAACAAUUUUUAGGAAACUGUAUUACAAUAUUAACAAACAAUGUUUCAUCCUUAAUUGAUAUCAUUUGAGCACAAAUUACCCUUUUGAAUUAUUAAUCAGCUUGUGUUGCUGCUCACAAUAUUUUGAACAAGCGUAAAGGUACGUACGUAUAUAUAAUUGUGUGCGUACAACUGUGGGAAUGUUAUAAAAAGUUUAUGGUUGGACGAGUUAAGAUUUUAUGAAAUAGCCAAUUUGGUCAUUUCAUCUUGGACUAAAAUUCUACGUAACAAACAGGAAAGCAUUGUGCUUCAUACCUCUCAGUUCUCAACAAUGAAAAUUCAUAAGGUCUGACUGAUUUCGUUGUCAUCCAACUGUGAGAAUAAAUAACAUAGCACGUACAACAUACGGGACGGGAUCUACUGUAAACGAGAUAUUUUAAUGUAUACGUACAAAUAUAGUGUAGAAAUAUUAAAAUUCUAUAACAAAUACAUAAACUAUAAAAUAAACAAAAUUCGAAAAGUCUUCAUAUACUACUAUACAUGAGGCAAAGGUUGACACUAGUAAUCCCUGCUAGUUGGCGACGUCAAUUUUCCGCCAAUAUUUUGCGUAUUCGAUGGGGAUUUCGAGCCUGUAAAAAGUAGUGACCAGUCUUAACUGUUAGAAAUUUUGAAACAUGAAUUU